GUCCACCAACUUCACACACACACACAAGUUUCACUCCGCUCCUCCACGAGCAGGGAGCCGCGGCAACGAGCUCCACACUCCGACUCACACUGUCUCCUGAGGUUGUUUUUGUUUUUUUUUGUGCGGAUUUAUCCUUUUUUUUUUUCUUUGUUUUUGUUUGGUUGCUCCCCCCCCCCCCCCACACCCCCUCCGGCCCACACUCCUCAGUUUCACGCCGGCGAUGUCUGGAUCGUACAGCAAAAGUUUGUACCCGUUCAGCGGCGAGCAGCACCAGCAGGGACUGACCUUCGAGGCCGGGGAGAUCAUCCAGGUGGUCCAGGCGGUGCCCGGAGGCUGGUGGGAGGGAGAGAAGGAUGGAGUCCGAGGAUGGUUCCCCUCCAGUUAUGUCCAAGUGCUGGAGAGGACGGCAUCUUUGAGUCAACUCCCUGUGGAGGACCUCAGAGACCCCCUGCCUCCCCACUGGCGAUGCUACAUGUCUCCACAAGGGCGGCGAUACUACGUCAACACCACAAGUAAUGAGACGACAUGGGAGAGACCGUCCAGUGUACCUGGUACCCCCAAAGCCUCGAUCCGGCACAAGAACUCCCUGCCAGCAGUCAAUGGAUUUCACCCAGGUGGUAGUCCCGUGCAUCACCUGGAGCAUCCCCACAACAGUCUGGUUAGGAAGAGCAGUACAGAGCCACAGAGCCCGGGAUCAACGUCUCCCACCAGGAAACAGAACAAGGAGACCACGGUCACGAUUAACUGUGUGACGUUCCCGUCGCCUGUAUGCAUGCCCGAACAACAGCUGCUGAAACCAAACGAAUGGAGCUACUGUGACUACUUCUGGACUGAUAAGAAGGAUCCCCAAGGCAACGGCUGCAUCACAGGAUUUGAGGUUCUGCUGCAGAAACAGCUGAAGGGGAAACAGAUGCAGAAGGAGAUGGCCGAGUUCAUACGCGAAAGGAUAAAGAUAGAGGAGGAGUAUGCCAAGAAUCUCUCCAAGCUCUCGCAGAUCCCCCUCGCGGGCCAAGAGGAAGGGACUCUGGGCGAGGCCUGGGCCCAGCUGAAGAAGAGCCUAGCAGACGAAGCUGAAGUUCACCUUAAGUUCUCCUCCAAGCUCCAGAGUGAAGUGGAGAAGCCUCUGCUGACCUUCAGGGAGAACUUCAAGAAGGACAUGAAGCGGUUCGACCACCACAUCGCAGACCUACGGAAGCAGCUGGUUGGACGUUACGCGGCAGUGGAGAAGGCCCGCAAAGCUCUGGCUGACAGACAGAAGGAGCUGGAGUUGAAGACUCAGCAGCUGGAGAUCAAACUCAGCAACAAGAUCGAAGAAGAUAUCAAGAAGGCCCGCAGGAAAUCCACACAAGCAGGAGACGAUCUGAUGCGCUGCGUCGACCUUUACAACCAGUCCCAGUCCAAAUGGUUUGAGGAGAUGGUCACCACAAGCCUGGAGCUGGAGCGGCUGGAGGUGGAGCGGGUGGAGAUGAUCCGACAGCACCUGUGUCAGUACACCACGCUUCGGCACGAGACAGACAUGUUCAACCAAAGUACGAUGGAGCCCGUGGACCAGCUCCUGCAGUGUGUGGACCCGGCCAGAGACCGAGAGCUGUGGGUGCUGGAGAACAAGACUGGAGAGACCAGGCCGGUGGACAUAGAGAUCUGAUCUCAGUGCAGUCUGAGGACACUUUAACCCGAAGAGCACAGGCAGACACGCUGACCCAGAGCCCACAUGCCUGAGGACUAACUGGGAGAUGAACCCCCCCCCCCCGCCCCCGCCACUACUGACCCGUGUGACUCCCAACAGGCUGAGGGGAUGAGCAGUCCCCGGCUCGUCACCUGCCGAGGACCAUGUCAGUGUUUGGGCGACUUAGUGAGAGCCCCAAGGGAUGAAUGAAGCUGUCCAACGGGUCGUUAUUUUCUCUUCUGAACCGGAGCCGUGAGAGUGAAUUCUUUACAACGGGCCACUGAUGAAGGAGCACCAACAGUUAACAUGUGUAGACGUUGUACAGCUUCAUGUCCCGGAUGCUGCUAAGCAAAGUGUUACAUUACUGUGUACCAGAAUGAGGCAAAUGUAUUUCAUUAUAAUAUCAACCAUGUGCAAGUAUUGACCGUUCACUAACCCCCCCCCCCCCCCCCACAAAAAGAUAAGGGUGCCAGAUUUACCUCUCGGAAUUUGAAGAAGUAUUUUGAUCUGUUUUGGAUUUCACACAGAAAGUAAAGAAAAAAGUCUGUUUCUCAUCUCCGUCUGUUGACUGUUGUCAGUCAAAUGACGACUCUUUUAUCUGCAGUUGACUUUUGAAAGUUUCCAAUUUUGUCUUGAAGCGAGAACCCAGUGAAUGGGUCUUAAAUGUGCAAACGAUGGCUUCAUACAUGAUGUUAAAAGACUGAGAUCGAGAUCACGAAAAAAAAAGUCACAAUGAAGUCAGAAAAUGACAUCAUUCAUAUCUGCAUUCUGUAGGAGUAAAGACACAUCCUAAAGUUUAUAUAGAGUGAAAAAUAAUCUGUAUCUUCGGAUAACAAUUAGGCAUUAUUAUCAAAUCAUUUGCCAUAAGGUAUUAAUGACGUAAAUGACAGGAGGAUUGGGUUAUAUACAGCGGGACCAGGUUAUGCAUGACUUAUCUGAUACUUUAAAAUUUUUCCGACUAUUAAUUGUAUUGCUCAAACGAGAGCAAAAUUCAAAAUGCAAAAUUCAAAGCUCGACAGGCCCGGUGCAUCGGGGGUUAGUGAACGGUCAGUUUCUCCGGGCUGACAUAACAAUUCCUGCUACACUUCUUAUCAUCGCUGAGAGAAAGUUUCAUUUCCAUCUGUUGCUUUUACUUCAUUCCCAAUAAUAAGUCACACUCAGCCAAUUGCACUUUAUGCCCAAGUGAUUUGUUUUUCAAAAUAAACAUACUGUAAGUCGCUGUUCGUGUGAAAAGUAUUGUACAGAGAACUUCAUUCUUUCACAUUUUUAUGACUAAUGGAAGUGAGUGUUUUGGCUAUGUGCAGCGUGGCCUGGUGUAAAUAUACGAGAUGUGUGAUUUGCUGGCGGACGGAGCGAAGGAUGUAAAACACAACAAACGGGAGAAUCUUACACAAAGACGUGAUUAUACAGACAUUUGGUACUGAUAAUAUAUGAAAUAUACAAAGUGUUUUAUAUACAACAGAAAAUGACAGACCCCCCGUGAUUAUUCUACAGCUUUGGGAAAUAUGAGUCAGUUUCUUUGGUUGGCUUCCGUGUGCUGCUGCCCGCAGAAGCUAAACGUUGUGCAAAGUGCUCUUUUACUACCACGUCUUAUCCAGUAUUACUGCCUAGUAUUACUUGACCACUGAGAGACGGGGACCGGGAAGUUUUUGUACAUUAACAGCUUAAAGUUGGCAUAUUUCAUUAAUAAAACAUAAAUAUCACAAUGUCA